AUGGUCCUUGUACUAGGGUGUAACUGUGAAAGGUCUAAAGACUUUGUGAUGUAUGUUCAAAGGCAAAAGCUGUAUCAAUUCCUAAUGGGACUAAAUGAGUCAUUCUCACAUACUAGAAGCCAUAUCUUAUUGUUAAAUCCCCUACCUAGUGUGAAUCAGGCAUAUUCUAUGGUUGUGAAUGAUGAGCGUCAAAGAUCUUUGGCUAGUCAAAGUAGUUCAGGACUUUUCAAGUCAAAGUCACAAGGAGUAUGUGCAGGUGAUGCUGUAGCAAUGUACUCUAGAGGAGGUGGACAAGGCAAUCCAAGAAUAAAGAGGAAAUACAAUCCAAACUACAAUCCAAAUGCUUUCUGUGAUAAUUGUAGGUUCAAAGGACAUUACAUGAAAGACUGUUAUAGGUACAGAGAAAAGUUCAAUAGAGGAGGAGGUCAUGGUCCUCAUACUGCUCAUAAUGUAGUUACUGAACAAUGGUGUGGUGCUAACUCUAAUCAACAAGGGUUUUAUGUUCCUCAAGUUCAGGCUCCACCAAGUAAUAUGAUGAUGAUGCCUGCUCAGUCUUCUGCUGAUUCCAACUAUCAAGCACUUGCUUAUGCUAACUUUCAGCAACAACUAGCUCAGUUUCAAAGGACUGAAGGACUAAAUCUGUCUCAGAAAUUGUAUGGUGAAAUUCGUCAACUGUUGGAACAAAGUCAUAAUGUUGCUCAGUCUCAUUCUUCAAGUACUUCAAAUGCAAAUGCUUCUCAUGCUGCAAAUAUGACUGGUAACAGUAGUGCCUUGUUUGUCUCGCAUGAUUCACAAGAAUGGAUCAUAGACUCAGGGGCUACUGAUCAUAUGACAUCUAAUUUAAAUCUCCUUGAUAAGAAUACUUUGCAUAAACCUGAGGAUCUCUUCACUAGGAAGGUGAAGGAGAUUGGUAAAGAGGGUGAUGGUCUCUAUUAUCUCAUAAGGUCAAAGCUCAGACUCACAAAAGAGCAGAUACUUGGAUAUGGGUUAACAUCAGCUUGCAACAAUGAUGAUAAUAUUAUUCUAUGGCAUAAGAAAAUGGGUCAUGCACCUGCUACUGUGUUACAAAAAUUGUUUCCUACUAAACUGUCUAGUAUUACUUUCCUAAUAAAUAAUUGCACUGUCUGUCCUUGUGCAAGGCAAACUAGAUUGCCAUUUUCUAAGAGUACUACCGUUAGUUCAAAGCCUUUUGAACUAGUUCAUAUGGAUGCUGAUGUUUACAUACUAAAUAGGUUACCAUCUACUGUUCUUAACAAUAUGUCUCCUUAUGAGAAGCUAGUGCACAAGAAACCAUCACUGGUGCAUCUUAGAGUAUUAGGGUGCUUGAGUUUUGCUAAAGUUUUAAAUCAACAUGAUAAACUGCAAUCUAGAUCAAGAACUGCUACUCACAUGGGAUAUUCUGAAACACAAAAGGGUUAUAUUUUGUAUGACAUGGAAAAUAAAAAUUUCUUUGUACAUAGAGAUGUUAUAUUUAAGGAAGAUGUAUUUCCUUUCUUAAAGAUAACACCAUCUACAACUCUAUUUGCUCCACCUAUAUCUGUGUUUGAGGAAAGCGAUGCUAAAAUUCAGAGACCUACUAACAAUGCUCAAGUAGUUGAGAAUAUAGAUAUCUUCCCUACUGAUAAGAGUGUGCAAGUUCCUGAAAAUCAGAAUGCUACUCCAGAAGUGGUUCAACCUGUUCACAAUUAG